AAUAAAUUGUAUGGAACGAGACUAAGAGAAGCUAGAGUUGAGUUUCCUCGUUGCCUUCGUUCCAUCUUUUGGUUUGGCACCUUGUGUUAGGGUAUUGAAUCAUUUAUUUUAGCCUCUUUUCUUUUUCUUUGGGUAAUCGGAAUCAUGGAUCACAAGGUCGAUCUCAGCGCUCCCCAUUCCAUGGGGACUACUAUCAUCGGCGUUACUUAUAACGGCGGUGUCGUUCUCGGAGCUGAUUCACGAACCAGCACCGGAGUAUAUAUUGCUAACAGAGCAUCAGACAAAAUUACACAGCUCACUGAUAAUGUCUAUGUGUGUCGCUCUGGAUCGGCUGCAGAUUCUCAGAUUGUCUCUGACUAUGUGCGCUACUUCCUCCAUCAACACACGAUACAGCUUGGACAACCUGCAACGGUCAAAGUUGCUGCAAACCUUGUCCGUCUUCUAUCAUAUAACAACAAGAAUUUCUUGGAGACUGGGUUAAUUAUUGGUGGUUGGGACAAAUAUGAAGGUGGUCAAAUUUAUGGAGUUCCUCUGGGUGGAACAAUAGUACAGCAACCUUUUGCUAUUGGAGGAUCUGGCUCCAGUUACUUGUAUGGGUUUUUUGACCAAGCCUGGAAAGAAGGAAUGACCAAGGAUGAAGCUGAGGAUUUAGUAAAAAAGGCAGUUUCGCUAGCUAUUGCUCGUGACGGUGCAAGUGGUGGGGUGGUCCGAACAGUCAUAAUAAACUCAGAGGGAGUGACCAGGAAUUUCUACCCUGGCGAUCAACUUCCAUUAUGGCAUGAGGAACUGGAGCCUCAUAACUCAUUGCUUGAUAUUCUUGGUUCACCAGAGCCAAUGAGCAUAUGAAGUUGCUGUGGUUAAGAAUCUUGCCCUGCUAGAUUAUAUUCUGUUGUCAUCCUUUUCUCUGUACUAGUUUAUCGAUUUGUGUAAUCAAUUACAUUGUUUGGUUGGAUAUUGUUUUCGCUCACGUUAUAUCCUCAUGUUUUGUACCAUGGAUGCCUUUAUUUCUAUCAUAUGGCCCCGAAGUAACUUGUACUGUGGUGAAUUGGUGAUGCAUACAAAGCAAUUAUCAACUCG